CCCCCUUUGCCAGUUUCCGAGAGGAACCUUUUUCACGUUGCGGUGCAGUUGAAACCCGGGACCAAUAUCGGCAGCACAAUCCGGAACAGUCAACAUGGCGGCGGCCGCAAGGUACCUCGGUAGAGUCUUGAUACAUCAUCAAAGGCAUAGUCUCUGCAAGAUGGCUCACCAGGCAGCUCUUUACCCCUGUCCUCUAAACAGUCUCUUGCCCAACAGACAUUUUGCUGCUGCUGCUGCUGCUGCUGCUGCAAAGUCUGCAAGAAAAAAUAAAAAAGGUGCCAAGGAAAAGACAUCAGAUGAAAAACCAGUCGAUGAUAUAGAGAAAAUAAAGUCAUAUACCUACAUGGAAAGUGAGCCUGAAGACGAUGUCUAUUUAAAACGCUUAUACCCACGGCGGAUCUAUGAAGUAGAGAAAGCUAUUCACUUACUUAAGAAGUUUCAAGUCCUGGACUUUACCAAUCCAAAGCAAGGUGUUUAUCUUGACUUAACAUUAGAUAUGGCAUUGGGAAAAAAGAAAAAAGUGGAACCAUUUGCCAGUGUUAUUGCUCUCCCGCACCCUUUCUCGUCAGAAGUCAACAAAGUCGCUGUGUUUACAGGGAAUGCAUCAGAAAUUAAAAUAGCAGAAGAAAAUGGAGCUGCGUUUGCAGGAGGAGCAGAUCUAGUUAAGAAGAUCUUGGAUGACGAGGUUGUUGUGGACUUUUAUGUAGCUGUUCCAGAAAUAAUGGGUGAACUUAACCCGUUAAGGAAGAAACUGAAAAAAAGAUUUCCAAAGGCUACUAGAAAUUCUAUUGGCCGUGACAUCCCCAAAAUGCUUGAAUUAUUUAAAACUGCACAUGAAAUUAUGGUAGAUGAAGAAAGGCAGAACUUCCUCAGCACCAAAAUAGCAACGUUGGAUAUGCCAAGUGACCAGUUAGCUGCCAAUCUUCAAGCUGUCAUAAAUGAGGUGUGCAGGCACAGACCACUGAAUCUGGGUCCAUUUGUGGUCCGUGCCUUCCUUCGCAGUUCCACCAGUGAAGGUUUGCUACUGAAGACUGACUCGCUCUUACCCAAAGAGGCUGGAACCGCAGAAGCUGGAACCACAGAAGCUGCCUAGAAGUGUUGUAUUGUGAUAUUAUUGGGGAUGUGUAGACCCCCAAUAUUGUGUGUCAAGAAACAACAAAGACGUCUAUAAAACUGUAUAAUUUCUC